AUGUCGUUUCUCACAAUUCCAAAGACCACUCACUUCCUUCGCCCCGUCUGCGCUUUGCGGGUUUAUUCACCAUGUCUUAGUCAUGGAUUCCACCAGUCGUCUACUCGCAAUGCUCUGAAGGAGUCUGAUAGACAUCGAGAAGGCAUCAAGGAAGCAAUCCAAGCCAGCAAGCAAAUGCAUAACCAACAUCAUAAGGAUGGGAAUCCACGGUGGCACGAGUCUCUGGCUAGCGUUAGUGAAGCGGAUAUAAAAGCCGACCGUGGUGAAAUCUAUGAAGCCGCUGCUGAGAUGGAACGAUACAUAAAGGAGGGGAAGAUGAGCAGACAAAAGCCCGCUCCCUUACGCCCGGGUUCUGGAAAGGGUAAUGGAAUGAUGGCCUAA